GAAGGAUUCGUCAACUUCAUAAUUUUCAUUUCUUAACUUGUUCUCUUGUAGAGCUUUCUAAAAUAAUGCAUUGAUUAAUCUUGAGUUCAAUGAAAUAAUCAAUAUUUUUCAAUAUUGGAGAUGGCAGAGUUCAGACGACAACCAGGGACAACAACAGUUGGUCCAUGUUGUUAGGCAGAUAUAAAUACAGUUUUUGUCUCUGGGCAAAAUGUCAGCCGGUUAUUUGGAUAUUGAUUGUGUCAAAUAUCCUUGUAGUUGUGGCCACUUGAAAACACUACAACAAUUAUUCUUUUGUCGAUACUGCUCUCAACUUAGGUGUUCUUUUUGUGUAACCCAUGAGGUAGACUCUCAUUAUUGUGGAAAAUGUUGUGAAAAUCUCCCUUCUGCUGAAGCUAAGUUGAAAAAAAAUAGAUGUGUCAAUUGCUUUGUUUGCCCUAGUUGUUAUCAUGAGCUAUCAACUCGAGUUGCUACUAAAACAAGUGCAGAAGAACUCAAGUCUUAUAAAAGAUCAUAUUACUUAUCCUGUCUGUGUUGUCGGUGGAGUUCAAGAGAUAUAGGUCUGCCAGAUCAAGCAGCAGCUACUGGCUCAUGGCCUAAGAGAGAAAGUGUACAUGCAAAUCGCAUCCAGGAUAUCAUAAACAUGCAUAGAGGAAUUCAGGAGAAAGAAAAGUUGGAAAAAGAAUUCUUCAAAAAAAAACAGAAGGAAAAGAUUAUUUCUUAUACUGAUAAAACUGGUAUCACUGCAGCAGCUUUGAGAAAGAGAAUUGGACUACCAGAAGAUAAACCCCUAAUGAAGCCUAAAAAUACAGUCAAAAUGGUGACUCCCUCUAUAGCAGAAGAAAAUAUCUACGAUUUCAACGAGGAUAUUUUAACGAAAGCUAUAAAUAUAAUGGAAUUAACAAGUAUGGAGCAAAGAUUACUUCAGCCAGAUCUUCAACCUUCAGAGUUGAGCAAGAUUUACCCUAUUCAAAAGAUGCUUUCAAUCAAGCGUGUUUUAAGAUGUAGGAGUUGUGAUCAUAAUGUUAGCAAACCUGAGUAUAAUCCCAACUCCAUCAAAUUUAAAAUACAGCUGUUUGCAUUGUAUCAUGUUCCCGAAAUACGUAUAGUUACGGUAGAACCUUUGAGGGCUGGUAAACCUUGUGAAUUAAUUCUCAAAUUUACAAAUCCAACGCAACAUCAAAUGGCAGUUGCAUUAUUUUCAUAUGAUACAGUGAUUGAAACAACCAAUAAUCCCAUUAUAGAUGUUGAUAGUCCCAAAAGAGAAGAGCAAUCUUCUGAAGAAAGUGAUAAAUCAUUAACACCCACAAAGAGGAGAAUACCUAGUGGAAUUAAAUAUGUUUCGAUGAUGGAAGAUGUUGCUGCAACUCAGGUUUCUCGGGUUGGCCGCAUUGUUCCUCCAAGGCCUAUUGAUGCAGUUAUAAAUUGUUCAACAGAGUUUUCCUCUAGUAAUUUCUUACUUCCUCCAAGAGAUGAUGCUGCUGAAUACGAUGAUUUUAAUGAAAACCAAAAUAUUCAAGAUGAUAAGAAGUUGAUAAUAUGGAGGAAGUCAAAUAAGGCAUAUGUGAAGUUUAUUGUGAAACCCCAUGAAGAUAUCCCUAUAGGCACACCAAUUAUUGCUGGACUAACAAUUUCCCAUGUCCACACAAAUAUAACUGGUCCUCCUAUUGAAAAUAAAAAACUUCAGAAAACAGAACAUAAAUGCAAAGUAGUUUUGAAUAUUGGUAAUUCUGUAGGGUCUGACUAAUGUUAUGACAACAACUCAAUCCAUCAAAUUUUUAAAUAUAGGAAUAUUUAAUAUAUCUGCAACUAACACAGCUUUUUAUAACCAAUGUAUUACAUUAGGUAGUAUUAAAUAAAUAUAUUAUGUUGUCUAA